GCAGCAAAUGGCGGCCGACGGGGCGCGGCGGGGCGGUCCCCGCUGCCCUCAGUGCCCACGGGCCGAGCCGUGCCGGGCUAUGUCGGACCACGCCGAGCCGUGCCGGGACAGGAGCCCCCCGCAGCCUCCAGAGCCCCUCAGGCCCGGCCGGGGCGGAGCGUGGGGUGGAGGCGGCGGGCGGAAGGGCGCUGGGGCCGGAAGAUGGCCGAGCCGGAGGCGCAGCUGCUGCUGGCCGUGGGGCUGAUCGAAAAAGACACCAGCGGCGAUGCGCUGUGGGUCUGGUGCUAUCCGUCCGUGACAGCGGAGCUGAGGAAUCUGUUGCUGCGGAAAAGCUGCCUCACGGAUGAAAACAAACUGCUUCAUACCUUUGUGUUUGGCCAGUACAAAAGGUCGUGGUUCUACAUCACAACUGUGGAAGUUCAAGAGUCUCCGGUCUUGAAAAAGGUGACCCACUUCUCCAUUGUUCUGACAGCCAAAGACUUCAACCCGGAGAAAUAUGCAGCCUUCACUAGGAUACUCUGUAGAAUCUACUUGAAGCAUGGAAGUCCAGUUAAAAUGAUGGAGAGUUACAUUGCAGUCCUUACAAAGGGGGUCUGCCAAAGCGAAGAAAAUGGAUCUUUCCUCAGCAAAGACUUCGAUGCUCGGAAGGCUUACCUUGCGGGGUCCAUUAAAGAUAUAGUAUCUCAGUUUGGAAUGGAAACGGUUAUCUUAUAUACAGCACUGAUGUUAAAGAAGAGAAUUGUGGUAUAUCAUCCUAGAAUAGAAGCCAUCCAGGAGUUUACCAGGACUUUGCCUGCUUUAGUGUGGCAUCGACAAGACUGGUCCAUUCUUCAUUCGUACGUACAUCUAAAUGAAGAGGAGGUGGAAGCCUUAAAAGCCUGCACAGGUUACAUUGCUGGAUUUACAGAUUCUGAAGUGAACAGCAGGCCAGAUCUCUACGAUGUGUAUGUGAAUUUGGCAGACAGUGAGAUCACCAUUUCCCCUCUAGUAAAAGAGGCAAUGACAAUGGGAAAACUUCACAAAGAAAUUGGACAACUAAUUGUUCAAUCUGCAGAAGAUCCAGAUAAAUCAGACAGCCAAGUCAUUAAGGAUAUUUCUCUGAAGACAAAAGAAAUCUUGGCUACUUUAGCCUCCCUCACUGAAGUUUCUGAUGGCAAUGAAAAACCAACCCUUAACUCUGAGGCCCUGAAACAAAAGCGAUUUCCGCCAGCUACAGAAAACUUUCUUUUUCAUUUAGCAGCUGCUGAACAAAUGCUUAAAAUCUGAUUUUGAUGCACUUCAGUGUUGUGGACCAGUUCAAAAAUUCUAUCUUUGCCAUACAAAUAGGAAUACCCAAUUUUUGUAUGGGCAAAUUUAGGGUGUAAAGUGAAUGCCAUAUUUACCAUGUAAUAACGCAGAAUAUCGGGGCUUGACCUGGAACAUACGGAGGCAUAUUUAGGAACAUUCCUGGUGUCACUAUCUUUCCCCAACUAUAACUUUGUACCUAAGGCUCUCGUAUUUCAUAUGACAACGUGGGUGUGUAUACGUGUAGCAUGGGCACGUGUGUCCAGGCUGUGCCAGGCGUUGUUAUAGCGGCCGUUUGUCGUGCAGGGUCCAGAUGUCGGACAGCUCUGUUCUUACUCUGCCCUGCCCUCCUCGUGUCUGGAACACAGGCUGCAGCAGGUCAGCUGCAAAGCCAACGCAUUUUGGAUGUGCUAGCCUCUGCGCAGGGAUACACUGAUCACGUUGUUGGUCUGAGUGCUCGCUCUGGGCUUCCAGGUAUGUCGGGUGGUCAGAUACUGCUCUUCUGGACUGUCUGAGACCUGGAAAUCCCAAAUAAAUGGAAAAGUUCUCUUCUUUCUACUUGAAUGUGUCUAGGUGUAAAAAAGGAUGUCUGGGGACAAUCUGACGUGGUAGCCUUACUAUAUAGAGGAAGAGGUAUUUGAAAGCUUGCGUCGGAGUUAAGCACCUCUUGGACUCUUGCCUUAUAAGUUCCUCCUUUCACUCCGUCCCAUGCCUCUGCUGGAGGAAAAAGAGGACAGGAAUACUACAUUUAAAUUGGGGCUUCCUAGGAGGCCAUAGAAAAGUGCUGCUUCACAGCUGGAGUCAGUUACCAGCUGUUGGGGCUCUCACCUGAGAAGAUAUCUGGCCUUUAGUUCCUGACCCAUGUGAUAGAAAAUAAGAUUAGUUAAAGCCUAAUGGACCAGAAAUGUCCAAAUGGCUGCUUCCGCAGAUGGGGCACCAGCUUCUUACACCGCUGGAGCUGUAGCACGGGUACUGUCUGAUGGUGCUCAGCGUAGGCUACAUGGAGGUGGGAACUUUUGAAGUAAUAGUGAAAACUAGAACACGGUUUAUUGAAAAUUAAAACAUUCCUACUCGUUUGGUUGCAUAGCUGUAGCUCAAGGGAUUUUUUUCUUUCAUUGAGCAGCCUGAAACUGACCGCUCUGUAAUCUUCUGAGAAGAAUUUAGAUUCUCUGUAGGGAAAUACUCUGAGCCAAGCAAUCUGUAUUUCUUCAGAACUGUUCACAAAAAACAGUCAAUUCUGCCGUAGCACUUCGUUGUAACAAAACAUAACCUUUUUUCCUGGCCUUUGUACAGAGAGGCUUUAGCAUGUGGUUUUACAUAGAGAUUUUAUACUUACGAUUAAAACUUUACUAAUUAUAUUGUUAAAUAAUUGGGUGUUUGCUAUUCAGAAAUUGUUGGAGCUCAUCAGUAACUACGUGCAAGCAGUAACAGUCUGAAAAAGGGCUAUCCUUUUGCUACGUAUCAUACAUUAAGAAAAUCUGUUUUAGAAUGUGGACGAGGAAUGUGGCACCUACGUAUCAAAUGGGAAGCUCUUACAGCCAGUAAAGAAAACUGCUUCAGAAUAAUCCCCUAUUUUCAGGGGUGUAAAAUCUACUUUAAACAUUUACUCUGCAGUUUCAGUUCUGUACGCGGGAGAAUGUUUUUGUUUUUUCCUUUGAGAAAAAUUCUGCACUUGCCAUCAUUUGCCUGUAAGUGCAUUUUUUCUGCAUUUGGCCAUUAAUGUGGUGUGGGAUUAUUUUGGGGGUGUACGGGAGGGGUUGUUCUUCCCAUUAAUGGUUCUUUAGUACUGCUGCUUCUGUUUGGGCACUUUUGUAACAUUUGGAAUAGCAGAACAGCAAAAUUGUGCGGAAAAUUCUGUUCAGGACUUACCUUGAAGCCUACCAAAACUGAAGUCUGUCCCCCUGAAAAACCUGAACCUGCUUUCUGUCAGCUGUCUUAUCACCUUGUAACUGUGAAGAAAUGCACUUAGUUCCUUUUUAACAAAAAGCCUUCAGGUGUAUGUCAUUAGGUAGCAUGGGUAUUAGAGACAACCACAAAAAGCAGAGAAGCUCAGAUACAAAGUAGAUAUUGAAUGCUUUUUUUGCUUUCUGUUUUCUUAAAAGUGGAGAAGCCUCAGUGCUAGAUCUUGUGUUCUGACAUUCGUGUGACACAAAUGAACUGUAAUUUUGCACUUAAGGAACCCGACUCAUAGCAUGCUUAUGCCUAUUAAAGAGAAUCCUGAACAGCC